GGUACACAGUCGACAGCAGUAAACACAUCAAAAGAAAAACAGGUCGUGAUCUUAUUUUUUAAAGUUAUUUUGUCCAAUGAAGUCAUGACGCAGAAACUGCAUAGAAACUCCUUAAUUGAAUGAAGUUCAGUUGAAGCCGAAUGCGUCAUGGCGUCAGUACUGGCUCGCUCCCAGGAGUAUCUCAGCUUCAGAAGUACAGUCUCCCUCAAAAAGGUUGCAGUUGACGAUGAUGACAGCAAAUACUGGACUGUCUACGAUGCUGGACCUCGCUCCAUUAAGUGUCCACUGGUAUUCUUUCCCCCAGUCAGUGGGACAGCUGAUAUCUACUAUAAACAGAUGUUGGGUCUUUCUGCUAAAGGCUAUCGUAUCAUCUCGCUGGAAUAUCCUGUCCACUGGACGAUAGAAGAAUUUUGCAUUAGUUUUCGGAAGCUGUUGGACCACCUGCAAUUGGACAUGGUUCACAUUUUUGGAUCAUCCCUCGGCGGUUUCCUUGCCCAGAAGUUUGCUGAGUACACAUACAGGAGCCCUAGGGUCAUCUCUCUCAUUCUCUGUAAUACAUUCGUGGAUACCGAGGUCUUUCAACAAACUGGCUCAGCUCAGACGUACUGGAUGAUCCCAGGAUUUCUCCUGAAGAGAAUGGUUCUGAAUAACUUCAGUCGAGAGCAACAUGACAUCGAGAUUACCGACUCUAUAGACUUCAUUGUAGAAAGGCUGGAGUCCUUACACCAGUCGGAUCUUGCCAGUAGACUAACUCUUAACUGCAUCAGUGCCUACGUGGAACCCCAGAAACUUCAUGGUCUCGAUAUCACCUUGAUUGAUGUUUUUGAUGACUGUGCAAUCUCACAGGUUGUCAAAGAGGAGACGUAUAAAUGUUAUCCCAACGCCAAGAGAGCCCAUCUCAAGAAAGGUGGCAACUUUCCUUACCUCAGCCGCUGUGAUGAGGUCAAUCUUCAUCUCCAGAUUCAUCUCAGAAAAUAUAUGCAGUCGCGCUACGAUGCACGGAUACCAGUGGAGGACGGUGAGCUGGAAACAGAGAGGGAGGUUAGGGACCGUGGAGAUUGUAGCGCAACAGCGCCCUCAUCAUCAACGCACACCAGCGAGCAUUGUUCCGAUGAAGACAAUAUGACGACCAGACCAGCGUCUUGCAGACCUCAGAGAAACCAACGUGUAGGCCCUGAGCCCUCGUCAAGUGAACCUCUCAACAUCAUCCAAAUACGCAAGGGAAGAUGGCUACACAUUCAGCAUAUCAUUCCCGAAGUCAUACAGAAGAAGCACAGUGUGGCUCUUCAUCAACCGAUAGCACCCUUAGAACUUCAUGUGUUAGAUGAAAAGACUGCCGAUGAGGCUCAAAGAAACGAUGGCGCCAUCCAGAACUUGGAUGGUGAUGUGAAUGGUGCCGCAUGCAAACCAAGCAAUAUUAAUCCCAGUAUUACAUCCCUCUCACAGGCUGAUCCACCUCAGAAGAAGAGACUAUCAUUGCAUGAUCAAGUCCUUGACAAACAGCUAAGAAACAGUGACGACAGCUUAAUAAACAAUCGAAUGAUAGAUUGGCCAACUGCUAAUUCAGAACUGUCGAGCUUGGGCUCUCUUCGAUCCGUCAUGGAGGAUGGGGACACCGUUUUCUUCUUCAUCCACGGGGUCGGAGGGAGCUCAGACCUCUGGCAGUACCAGAUGAGGUACUUUGUUGACGAGGGUUUUGAGGUGGUCGCUGCCGAUCUGCUGGGUCAUGGUUUGAGCAGAGCACCUCAUCAGUCUCAGGCGUACACCUUCCAGGAACAUGCUGACGACAUGCUGGCCGUGUUUGAUCGCUUCUGCAAAAAGCGGAAUGUCCUGGUGGGCCAUUCUUAUGGAGCCUGUUUUUGUGCCAAGAUAGCCUCUGAACGUUCGAGGAAAGUGACUAAAAUUGUGCUAAUCAGUGGUGGUGGCCCGGUCUCGCUGCAACCUGAAUUAUGCCAACUGUUCUGUCUACCCAGCCCAGUAUUGGCUUGCAUCAAGCCAGUCAUCAUCAAUGGCUUUGUAAGCCAAGCCUUCCACAAAAACAGUCAGCACACAAAGCAAGACAAGACGCGAUCCUUCGAUGUCCCGGCAUAUGUUCUGCGUUCAACGAUGCAGGGCCAGCUGUGGAAGGAAGGUAAUGAGGACUACCACGCUGCCCUCAAUGUUGGCGUGCUGCUCAUCUACGGCAUGCAGGACGAACUCGUACAACUCGACGAUGAGAAAUGGAUGAAUGAGACAAUAUACGCAUCUCAAUUGGAGACACUCGACAAUGCAAGUCACAUGGUCAUGAUCGAACAGCCGGAGAAAGUCAACAGCUUGAUUCAUGACUUCGUCCUGAAGGACACGAUGGUGCGACGGCGCCAUGCCGGCUCACAACCACGGGCAACUUCGUCGGCUAAAGCUGGGCAGCACGGCAAGACCAUGCCACAUGUCACGAUCACGUGACAGGAACAGUGUAUGCGUCACUAGAUUGUCACGUGAAUCGCAGAUAGCACACCUCAGGUAAAACUUACACCAUAGGUCGCUAAAACAUUAAUAACAAGUGUCACAUGACUGUCACAUGACAACAAAAGUUUGUAUUGUACAUGAUCCUCAUGUCUCAGAAUUUUUUAUUCUACAAAUGUAAUAUUUAAAAUAUUAUUUUGAAACUAAACAGCAUUCAACCUUUGUGUUUCUUAGACAAAUCUACUCUGAUUGUUUUUCAUCAAGCUUACUCAACCGUUUUACUGGUACAUGUAGUUACUUUUGCUUUGUUGAACCCAAAAAGCCACUUGCAGAAUUUAUUGAAAUCCUCAGGAUGUUUUCUGACUUCAUAAAAAUCCAAUACAAUUAUAAAGGAAUGGGAUUUGUGUUUGUAAGGAGAGGUUUUUCUGAUUUAUAUGCAAUGGUCAGAAACUCCUUUUGGACAUACUUGAAACUAGCGUGCUUUCUGACGAAAAAGAAAUGCAACUGUUAGUGAAUUUUUUGGAUUCUUGUAGGCGCUUUGGGUACCUUUAAGCCCGGUUCAUACUUCCUGCGACUGCGAAUGCGAAGCGAAUUUGACGUCACAACCCUCCUUUCGCAGCAAUAUUCGCAAGUAAGUUGAGCGAAGUUGAACUGCUGCGAAUUAUUCGUUGCGAAUUUGUGACGUCAACAUUCGUAUUGCAUUCGCAUUCGCAGCAGGUAUGAAUCCGGCUU